GAAUUGCUUGAACCCAGGAGGUGGAGGUUGCAGUGAGCUGAGAUAGCACCACUGCACUCCAGCCUGGGCGACAGAGCAAGAUUUAAAAAAAAAAAAUAAGGAUGAUGGUAGAGCCAACUUUCUAGAAUUGUUGCAAGUAAACAAGAAAAGCCAUGCAUGAUACCAGAAGUGUGGCAAGCUCCAAAUAAAUAAUAAAUAAUAGCUCUUAUGAUUAUCUUUUAUCUUUUUUAUUUUUUACAGGCCCAAGAUAUUCCUUUUGUGUAUCUGUUCAGAGAAUCCUUUAUACCUUUUCUUCCAGUUCUAGGUUUCUGGAAAUGUUCCUUGACUACAUCACUAAACUGCACAUCAAACAGUUUCUGAUCUACUGUUUUUAUAUCCCUGAUUACUCUCACUAAUAUGAUGUUAUGCUGCACAAUUAUGAUUUUCCUGAACUUCAGUUCUGCCAGUGAUGGAAAGAUAAUAAGAUAGAAAGAAGUGAUAGACAUCUUGACCUGGUGAUAUUAACAAGAUGAUGUAUUGAUGAAAUGUUUUGAGUUCCGAGGAUUGGAGAUCAGAAAAGACUUCUGGAUUCUGUAAAAAAUAAAAUAAACUACUUGAAAAGAAAAAAAGUCAAGAACUAGAAAGAAGAGUAUAACAAAAAAGAAGGAGGGGUCACAGGUGAAGGAGAUGUGGUCAACACACACAAAGGAGAACAAAAAGUGGAAAAAUGCUAAUCACUGAAAGAAAAUAUUUUUGGUCAGGAAGAAUUGCACAAAGUAGGUCUGAAGCAAAUUUGGUUGACAUGGAAGCUGGAAAACUCUCAAAAAGUUGCAAUAUUACAGAAUGCCAGGACCCAGACUUGCUUCACAAUUGGCCAGAUGCUUUCACCCUUCAUGGUAAUAAUGCUUCCAAAGUUACAAAUCCAUUCUGGAAUCAACUGUCUGCUUCUAACCCAUUUUUGGAUGACAUAACUCAACUAAGAAAUAAUAGGAAGAGAAAUAAUAUUUCCAUCUUAAAGGAAGAUCCUCUUCUUUUCUUUAGAGAAAUAGAAAAUGGAAAUUCUUUUGAUUCCUCCGGUGAUGAACUUGAUGUGCAUCAGUUACUUAGGCAGUCUUCCUCAAGAAAAUCUGGAAGAUCUAAAAGUGUUUCAGAACUUCUGGACAUUUUAGACGACACAGCACAUGCCCAUCAGAGUAUACAUAACUCUGACCAGAUCCUACUACACGACUUAGAGUGGCUUAAAAAUGAUCGAGAGGCUUAUAAAAUGGCUUGGUUAAGUCAACGCCAGCUGGCCCGCUCCUGUCUUGACUUGAAUACAAUUAGUCAGAGCCCUGGAUGGGCCCAGACACAACUUGCUGAGGUCACCAUAGCUUGCAAAGUAAACCAUCAAGGAGGGUCAGUACAAUUACCUGAAUCAGACAUCACUGUUCAUGUGCCCCAAGGUCAUGUGGCUGUGGGGGAAUUCCAAGAGGUGUCUCUAAGGGCUUUCCUUGAUCCACCACACAUGCUUAACCAUGAUCUUUCAUGCACUGUGAGCCCGUUGUUGGAAAUCAUGUUAGGCAACCUCAAUACAAUGGAAGCCCUUUUGCUGGAGAUGAAAAUUGGGGCUGAAGUAAGAAAGGAUCCUUUCAGCCAAGUCAUGACAGAAAUGGUAUGUUUACACAGCUUGGGUAAAGAAGGCCCUUUUAAAAUUUUAAGCAACUGCUACAUUUAUAAAGACACCAUCCAAGUCAAGCUAAUUGACUUGAGUCAGGUAAUGUAUCUAGUGGUUGCUGCACAAGCUAAAGCUCUUCAGUCACCAGCUGCCACCAUUUGGGAUUAUAUCCACAAAACCACCUCAAUUGGAAUUUAUGGACCCAAAUAUAUCCAUCCCAGUUUUACUGUUGUUUUAACAGUUUGUGGACAUAAUUAUAUGCCAGGACAGCUUACAAUUUCUGAUAUUAAGAAGUGUGGAAAAAACAUAUCUCCAGUUGUGUUUCAGCUCUGGGGGAAACAGUCAUUUUUACUUGACAAGCCACAAGAUUUAAGUAUUUCUAUUUUUUCCUGUGAUCCUGAUUUUGAAGUAAAGACAGAAGGAGAAAGGAAAGAAAUUAAACAAAAGCAGUUGGAAGCAGGUGAAGUAGUUCAUCAACAAUUUUUAUUUUCUUUAGUUGAGCACAGAGAGAUGCACUUGUUUGAUUUUUGUGUUCAGGUGGAGCUUCCCAAUGGUGAACCAGUUGCACAGUUCUGUAUCACUACUCCUGAUCCAACCCCAAACCUAAAAAGACUCUCGAAUCUGCCAGGCUAUUUGCAGAAGAAGGAGGAAAUCAAGUCUGCUCCUUUAUCACCAAAAAUUCUUGUUAAAUAUCCUACAUUUCAAGAUAAAACAUUGAACUUUACCAACUAUGGGGUAACCCUGAAGGCAGUGCUAAGACAAAGCAAGAUUGAUUACUUCCUUGAAUAUUUCAAAGGGGACACAAUAGCUCUCCUCGGGGAAGGUAAGGUAAAAGUUAUUGGUCAGUCCAAAGUGAAAGAAUGGUAUGUAGGAGUCCUCAGAGGUAAGAUUGGACUUGUACACUGCAAAAAUGUCAAGGUGAUUUCAAAGGAGCAAGUAAUGUUUAUGUCAGAUAGUGUCUUUACAACCAGAAAUCUUCUUGAACAAAUUGUCCUGCCUUUAAAAAAAUUGACUUAUAUCUACUCAGUUGUAUUAACCUUGGUGUCAGAAAAAGUUUAUGAUUGGAAAGUUUUAGCUGAUGUCCUGGGUUACUCACAUCUAUCCGUGGAAGAUUUUGAUCAAAUUCACGCAGACAAAGAAUCAGAAAAAGUUUCUUAUGUUAUAAAGAAGUUAAAGGAAGAUUGCCACACAGAGAGAAAUACAAGGAAGUUUCUAUAUGAACUUAUUGUGGCUCUUCUGAAAAUGGAUUGCCAAGCAUUAGUUGCACGUCUCAUCCGAGAAGCUGCUGUUCUGACUUCAGCUGUCAAGCUUGGAAAAGGCUGGAGGGAACUAGCUGAAAAGUUAGUACGACUCACAAAGCAACAAAUGGAGGCAUAUGAAAUUCCUCAUCGAGGAAACACUGGAGAUGUUGCUGUUGAGAUGAUGUGGAAACCUGCCUAUGAUUUUCUGUAUACCUGGAGUGCUCACUAUGGAAAUAACUACAGAGACGUGUUACAAGACCUUCAGUCAGCUUUGGACAGAAUGAAAAACCCUGUGACUAAACACUGGAGAGAAUUAACUGGAGUUUUAAUACUAGUAAAUUCUUUGGAGGUUUUGAGAGUAACUGCAUUCUCCACUUCUGAGGAAGUAUAGAAAUAAAGGGUGUGUUUUUGAGGGGAGGGAAAAUGAGGUAAUGGUGUGUGUGUGUGUGUGUGUGUCUGUGUGUGUGUGUGUCUGUGUGUGUGUGUGUCUGUGUGUGUGUGUGUCUGUCUGUGUGUGUGUGUAAGAAAGAAAGGAUCUCAGAAAAGCAUUAUAUUAAUUUUCUUCGUGCUCAAAACCAAUUUUUUUUUCUGAUGAAAGCACAGCCUAACUGAUAACCAAGAUGGGUUUUAUCCUCAAAUAUGUAUUUUUGUGUAUGUUUCAAAUACAAGUAUUAGGCUGCUUUGCUCUUAGAAAGGAAAGAAAAAAGAAAAGUGCCCUCUCUCUCUUUCAGUGUUAUUUUAAAUUUACUAAGUUAAAGCUGUUUGAAUAAUUACAUCACACAGAUAUCUGGGUAAACUAGAGACUAUCAACAUGAACAAGGCAGUGUUCCCAGGAGGCAGCUAGAAAGAGGGGAAGCAAGCACACACCCUGUGGCCAGUCACGGCUGCCUGCUUUCCACACCUGACCUCUUCAGUACAUCAUUGGGGUUCGCCAGCAUCACCCCCAUUUUUCAUGAGGAGAAACUCAGAAGUGGAGAGAACGUCUGAGGCUACAUAGCCAGUACAAAGUAGGUUUUCUGCUUGAAAAACCUGUUUCUAUUUCUUUUUAAAAAAUCAUACUGCAUAACAGAAUAGUAAAAACAAAAUGCAUGUUAAGACUUACAGGGAAACAGUCGCCGUUUCAUUUUAAGUGAGACUUGCUACUCUUUUUCAUCAUCUCUUGAAAGACUGACAGAAGGAAAAAUAUGACUUACCAGAAAUCUGUUGUCUGCAUGCAUGGACCUAGUGUUUUCAUCACCUUCCUUCAGCAUCUUGGAACCUCUCUAAUCCUGCCUAACUUGGGACUUUUUCUGCAGGAUUAUAAUGUAAAAUAGUUAUUUAGCUCUUGGAGAUUUUUAAUAAUGUGAGUUAUUAUUAAAUAACCACCACCAGAAACUUGAUUAACUUGAUUACACUGUUGAGUAGAGAGGUCUUAACCACCAAAAACACUGAUAUCUUUAUGUUGGCAUGCUCAUGCAAACACAUCUCUGUGUGUGUGUGUGUGUGUGUGUGUACCACAGUGUUUUAUAAAGCACAGCCUAACUGAUUAUAUUGGACAAAAAUUAUAUAGGACCUUGGGUCAGUAUAAAUGCUAAUGGCUGGCAAAGUUCACAAAGAGAUGUUCUGUGCUUACUCAUCUGUUCAAUCCUCUGGUUGCCUGCCAGUGUUUAUGUGUGUAUUUGGACAGAUAUUCAUUUAUUGUCAUUCAGUCAAUAGGUAGAGUGUAUGUGUCUAUUUUCUGGCAGGCAUAUAGAUGCUUGAGGCUAAUGGGAAAAAACCAGCAUGAACUCUGACUUUAGUAGUGCUAAGUAAUAGAUAAUUUUUAAAAAUGACACCGUUAAAUAUAAAAUGGCAUGCAUAAUAACAGUUGCAAUGGAGAGGUUGUGACGCUACGAGAUAUAAACAUAGAGAUGCCAUCAUAUGAAACUGGAAGUGGGGGUGGGUCAGGGAAAUUUGUUCUUGGAAAGAAAUAAUGAAUCUGAAGGAAAAGUAGGCAUUGUCCUGGUGUGGUGGGGUGUAAGCAGUGAUCCCACAAAGCACUGAAGCUCUUAGACGGGUUGGAGCUGAAUAGGUGCAGAUAGCAGGGGUGAAGGAGUGAAAGGAUAAAAGAUUCAAGGAUGGGAUGAGGAUGGAGCAAGAGGAAGCCACAUUAGGGCCAUUAAGGCUGCUAGAAUUUAGAAAGAAAACACACAGCCUCAAAGAAAUGUGGGUAAGCCAAAUAAGGAUUUUGUUUUGGGAACCUGAAAAAAAGAUGUCCAUUUGGCUAAAAAGUAAAAGCAGAAUCUUUUUAGAGCUUUUAAUAUACCCACCCUGGGAUAUUUGGUAUGCUGGCAAUGGUAAUUCAAAUUGGGGUUUAAGAAUAAUCUUGGCCAGGCGCGGUGGCUCACGCCUGGAAUCUCAGCACUUCGGGAGCCCGAGGCGGGCAGAUCAUGAGGUCAGGAGAUCGAGACCAUCCUGGCUAACACAGUGAAACCCCGUCUCUAUUAAAAAUACAAAAAAAUUAGCUGGGCGUGGUGUUGGGCGCCUGUAGUCCCAGCUACUCGGGAGGCUGAGGCAGGAGAAUGGCGUGAACGUGGGAGGCGGAGCUUGUAGUGAGCCAAGUUCAUGCCACUGCACUCCAGCCUGGGUGACAGGCUGUCUCAAAAAAAAAAAAAAAAGGAACAAUCCUUAGGGCUUUCAAUAUUUAUAUUUGAUGAUAAGGGAACACAGCCUGACCAAAGAAUUAUGUAUACAUAUCCAAGGACAGAAUUUAUUUUAAUUAAAAAUAAAUUAUGAGAGAAGAAAAAAACCCACAGUUUUUACUUUCAGAACACAGUCAUUUUUAGUGGUGAUUUUGCUUUCUUUAGAACAUUCUUGGAAUCUUAUUAACAUGUCAGCUAACCAGAGAAUUUUGGGAAGGGAUAGUGGGGAUUAAUAACUGGGUUUUUCCAGGCUCCAAGAUCUGAGAAGACAGAGAUCUUGUUAGCUGAUUAGUGUAGUAAGAUUAAAUAAAUAAUUUCAGGUUUACAUUGCAUCAUGUAUUAUGAUUGCGAUUGAGAAUAAUAAGAGUUUAAAAAAUGAAAAACAAGAUCUCUGUAAUUUAAGGAUGAAACAAUGGUUUAAAUAUUAAUACACACAAAUAUAUUUUAUAAUCUUGUAACAAAUCCUUCCAGGAGAAAAUUAUUUUUUUUUGAGCUAGAGUCUGGCUCUGUUGCCCAGACUGGAGUGCAGUGUUUCAGUCUUGACUCACUGCAACCUCUACCUCCACGGUUCAAACGAUCCUCCUGCCUCAGCCUCCCAAGUAGCUGGGAUUACAGGUGUGCACCACCAUGUCCGGGUAAUUUUUGUAUUUUUAGUGGAGACAGGUUUCACCAUUUUGGCCAGACUGGUCUGGAACUCCUGACCUCAGGUCAUCCACCUGCCUCGGCCUCCCAGCGUGCUAGGAUUAUAGGCAUGAGCCACUGCUCUCAGCCUUCCAGAGGAAUUUUAAGCCCAUGUCCAAAUAUUCUGUUUGUAUAAAUAUAUUCUAAUUUUUAAAUAAAUAGUUUCUACUUUUCUGAACUUUAUAUUUUUUCUUGCUAUAAUGGAUUUUCAUAAUCAGAAAAGAUUAAAUUAGUAAUCAUGAAUUGCCUUUAAUAUUUGGCAGUAAGUCAAUGAAAUAAUAAGGCACUUAUAUCCCAUCUUUGACAUCAUUAAAAGCAUCAAAUCCCAUUAAUCUAAAACUUCUUUAAGCAUUUUGAAAGCAGAAAAUGCUUACAUGGUUCUUUCAGUUCCUCAGGCUUUUUGUCUAAUGAUGCAUGACUUAGGAUAAGAUUUUAAUUCAGUGCCCAGCUUGAAACAUAGUAAUUUUUCUGUAUAAGCCACAGAUCCUCUACCUCCUUUGUGUUAAAGCCUUCAUAUGAAACAAUUAAGUAGGAGCAUUCAAUAGUGUGUCAUUAACUGUUCAUACUAAUAAAUGGAUACAGCACAUCUUCAUGGCCUGUAAUGUAGAACAUACUAUAUAAAGUUUUCAGUUUGGGGAUGACUAGGUUUCUGGAAGGAAUAGAAUGCUAAAUCAAUGGAUGGCAUUGGGCUGAGAAACAUUGCUGCUACUAAUCAGCCUUGAAUGUGUAAUGUGAGCAUACAAAAGAGAACAUACAUACACUCAAAUUUGUACAAUGCUAUAACUGGAAGUUGAUGGACUUGAAUUUUUAUAUUGUGCUACUGUUAUGUUUUCUGUAAUUGUUUAUAUCUAAGGAAUAUUUGAGGUAAUAUAAAAGAAAAAGAGAAUAAUGAACAAUGAUGUCACUGGAGGCUUUUUACAUUAAAAUAGAUCAUUUUUCUUCUUAUAUAUAGGUAAGUCCCUCCUCCUUCUGUAUGAACUUUUCUCCCACAUGCUGCUGUAUGGUUUAGUGAGAGUGAAGUUCUAAAGAACAUCAAUAUGAUUGGUGGGAUAAUCCAAAGACAUUUUUUCAGAAUAAAAUGGCAUGUCGAAGGUUUGUUUCUUGCAUAUAUAUUUACUGGUCCACAGCACAAAAUAAAGUGACCACAUAUACAUAGGAAAGUUGAGUUUGUACACAUACAGCAUCUGAAAUGUAUCUGAUGUUCAGCAUCAAGAUUUCACUGAACAUUGUAGAAAUGUGUAUCUUUUGCAUGCAUAUUUUACAUUGAUUUUCUAUUUAUGUACAUCUAGAAAGUUUUAAGCCUAAUAAAUAGUUUUGUAAUUUUGAAUAAUAGUGUCAGUUUAUAUGUGAGGGAGUAGAGACAGAGAGGUUAGCACUGGAUAAUAAUUAGUAAGGCCAAAGGAGAAAAUUUCAUAGAAAGUAUUGUUGUUGUCAUAAUGAGUAUAGCAUGAAAGGCUUCUUCUACAAGACACUAGUCGAGGAGUUGAGAGCUGUGGUUUCUAAUCUUUGUCCAUUAUUCCCUAUGAGACUGUGGACCUGUCACUUGGCCUCUCUGGUCUUCAGUUUUCUCACAAGUAAAACAAGGAGCUUGAACCAAAUGACCUCUAGUGUUCCCCUUGGGUUUAAAUGUCUAUAAAUGUUCAAUGACUAGAAUGUAUUGUGUUUUUCUUUAUUCAUUUUGCUUUGAGAAAAGAGAAUGUGAUUUAAGAGUAAUAAUUUGAAUACCAAUUAUCCACAAUAAAAUUGUGUCCUCUAUGUGUAAGGCAUAGCACAUUUAGCACACAUACAUAAGCACACUAAGCACUUUACAAAUAUCCUCAUUUAUUCUUUACAUAAUCUUUUGAAAUUGAUUAUGUAAUACACAAUGUUUUUGAAUAAUUGGUGACUUACAGCUAUUUAAAACAAACUACAGUAUGAUGCUUGAGUACUGAGUUAGGAGGUCAGCAUUGGUUUCACUAGGAGCUUCUCAAAGCACGCUGCCAAACAUGCUCCAGUCUCAUUGUCAAGGCCUUAGACCAGGCAAUCAUUACGGCAGUGGUUCUUCAACUUCAGCAGCAGCAAAACGGUCUGGGCGGGGCUUGGUGAAAGACUGCUGGGCUCGAUCACCAGAAUUUCUCAUUCAGAGGGUCUGGCCUGAUCACUUGCAUUUCUAAUCAGUUCCCAGGGGAUGCAGAUGUUUCUGGUCCAGGGACCCCAGUUUGAGAACCACUGUAUUAAAAUUUCCUUCAUCUCUAUAGAAAUGGAAAGAUUUUUUAUAAGUCCUCUAGUUUGCUUUAAGAUAAAUGAGAUUUCACAUAAUUCUACUGGAGAAAUCGUUUUAAAAAUUGUACUAAAGAACCAAAAAUCACUUUAUAUUAAGGCUCUAUUUAGAGCAAGUGAACUUUUCAUGAGUUAAUAAAGGCCCACAAAAAUAAUUUUGAUGGUAAAACUAAUUAAAAUCUCUGUGUUUCAUUUAAAGCAUAAACAUAUUCGAAUAAAAAUAGGUUAACAAUAAUUUGGGACAUGUAUUCAGUAUAAUUUUAAGAUAAUUUUACAAAAUAUAUGUAAUAUUGCAUUUGUUUCUGUAAAAUAUCUUUGGAAAAAGGCUUGUUUUCCCUAGUGUGUUAUUUGUUGAAUUUCUUGUUAAAUGUAUUUUUUCCCAUUGGAAAAAAGUUUCUAAUCAAUGUGAUCAAUACAGCUAUCUAUAUGCCCUGCUUUCACUGUAGAAUUAGAAAGUGUUAAUAAGGUGAUUGGAUGUUCUUUCCAAGGAUCAUAUUCCACAUUUAAAGAGAUGGCGACUGAGAAGAGGUGGCAAGCUAAACCACCUCACUUUGAGAUUAAUGCAGCACAUUUUAUCCUCUGCCAUCAUUUCCUUGUUAAUUGUUUUUCUUUGGGUGAUUGGAAGAAUCUAUGGCUUCCUUUUUUCUCUUCUUAAAGAUAUCAAGACUCUGCCCUUUUGUGACUGGAAGUAGAUUUUAAAUGUUCCUAAUGUUUACAUGCUCACUUAAACUCAAUACAUGGAAUUUACUGGGGCAUUUAACUUGUUCAUGAAAAUAUAGUGAGUCAUUGAAAAAUCAAAUCUUUAGUUAUGAUUAAGUUAUUGUUUCUACCUAAACUGGUUCUACCAAACUCACUCUUUAAAGCAGAAUCUGAAAUUGGCAAGUCUGAUGUAAUGUUGAUCUUACACAUAUUAGAUUAAAUGACCUAAUAGAACUAGCUACUGCACCCCUUCUUAGCAGAGUGGAAAAACUCAUUCUAUGGGUUUACUCCCAGGAAAUACAUACUCC